UUCUAUAUGUUCUCGAAAGUUCUUAAGAAAUUUACGAACCCAGUAAACGUAACCUAACUGAACCUAAAUUUAGAUCCUUAGAUCAUUUUGUAAAAGUUGAAAACAUCUCAUAAAAGAAAGUUUAAUUUCUCAAAUUCUAAUAGUGAAAAUUAGUGAUAUGGAAAAUAAUUCCUAACGGAAAAAAAAACAUCGAAACUGGUAAUUAUUUUUUUUUAUUGUUAAAAAAAGAAACGAUUUUGAAAAAAAAUGGACGAGAUUUUAAAAACUCUACACAGCAAUAUUAUAGAAAGACAAAAGCAAGAGAUUUUAUCGAAAACAUUUAUGAACGCUGAAAAUGAUCAACAACGAAUGAAAUUUAUGUACAAUGUAUUGAAUGAAUUUAAUAUUAUUCCAAAUUCAAAAUGUGAAAUUAAAAAUUCAUUAGAUUCACAAAAAUUUCGUAAUCAAGGAAAUGAAAUUUUUGUCUCAACAUUUAAUGCAACGGAAUAUUUAAAAGCAUGGGAACUUUAUUCAAAAAGUAUUGCAUUCUCACCAAAUAAUUCUGAAGAAUUAACAUUGGCCUUUGCCAAUAGAUCGGCAGUUCUUUUUCAUUUGGGUAAAUAUUAUGAGGCAUUAAAUGAUAUUGAAAUGGCAUUAAAUUUAAAUUAUCCCAAACAUCUUAGGACAAAAUUAUAUUUAAGAAAAACUGAAUGCCUUGCCUAUUUAAAUCAUCCAAAAUUAAAUGAAUUUUAUCAAGAAACAUUAUUGUGGCUUGAUAAAAUGUGUUUAGAUGAUUCGAAACGUGAGAAAUUUAAAAAUAAAUUACAAACAAUGAAAAUAAAAAAAAUUAAAAUUGAAAAUUUAUCUGAUCCAAUUGUACCAAUAAUAAUAAAACAAAAUGAAAUACCAUGCGCAACAAAUGCAUUGACUGUGAAAUUUAAUGAUAAAUUUGGAAGACAUGUAGUGACAACACGUUCAAUUGAACCAGGUGAAAUACUUGCUGUUGAAAAACCAUAUUCUUGUAUUCUUGCCACUGAAAAUAUGUAUACACAUUGUGGUAAUUGUUUAAGAAUUGCCUGGUCAAGUAUACCAUGUGAAUAUUGUUGUUUUGUUGUUUAUUGUUCGGAAAAUUGUAAAGAAAAUGCAUGGAAAAAAUAUCACGAUAUUGAAUGUUCUGUUACUGGAUUUUUGUUAAAUUUAGAAAUGAAUAAAUUAGGAUUAUUUAGUAUGAGAUUGACAAUAUUGGCAGUUAGGGAAUUUGGUAAUUUGGAAAAAUUAAGAGACGAAUUGAAGCACAUUGACUCAUGUAAAGAUUUAAGAACAAAAGGAUUCUCAGAUGAUGGAAUACUUGAAAGUGAUAAAUACAGAAGUAUUUAUAGUCUUGUUACAAAUACAGAAAAAAGAAGUCUAUCUGAUUUAUUUGGUAGAGCUCUUAAUGCAUCAAUUAUUUUAUAUUUCAUUGCAACGCGUACAUUAUUUUUUAAUCAAAUAUUUGAUAAUAAUAAUUUAAUUUCAAUAUCAUUAAAUAAUGAUGCUAUGUUUAUUGGGGGAUUAAUUUUACGUCAUCAACAAAUUAUUCCAAGUAACAUGCACACUUUUGAAGAGGAACGUAAUUUGGAUUCUGAAGAUCGUGGAUCAGCAGCAUUGCCAUUUUACAGUCUUAUUAAUCAUAGCUGUGAUCCAAAUGUUGCACGAAAUUCACUAGCUGAACAUAUUGUUCUUUAUGCUUUAUAUCCAAUGGAAAAAGAUACUCAAAUAUUUGAUAAUUAUGGCAUACAUUAUGCUGUAAUGUCAAAAGAUGAAAGACAAUUGAAAUUAUCGAGGCAGUUUCAUUUCAAAUGUGAAUGUAUUCCAUGUCAAAAAAAUUGGCCAACAUAUUUUAAAUUGCCAUCAUUUCAAAUAUUGGUACAAUCGAACGGUGAUAAAAUAAAAAUAGAAAAGGCACUCGUUAAAUUUAACGAAUAUGUGAAAUUUGCAACUGAAGGAAAAAUAUCAGACAAACCGCAUUUAAUGAAUGAUUUAAUAAAAAUGAUCAAAAUAUUAAUGAAAUACGUUAAUCUUCCUUGUAUGGAAGUUAAUAAUGUUGUUGAAACACUUAAACGUGUGUUUGCUUUAAAUGGAAAUAGAUUCGAAGUACCCAGUUUGAAAAAGGUAUAAAAAUUUAUUUUUAAAAUCAUUUUUUUUUUUUUGGCUAUUAUUAUGCAAUUAUUUUUAUCCUAGUCAAUUUUUAAAAAUAGUUUAAAUAAUUUAAAAUAUGUUAAAGUUAAAUCAAAUUAUUAAAAAAUGUUUAAAUGUUUAAUAUUAAAAGAAAAGAAAAGGGCCAGAAAACUAAGUGGAAAUUAUAAAAAAUAUUUUUAAAAAAUAUUUUUUGAUAAAGAAUAAAUCUAAAAAAAAAAUUCAUUUCUGUUGAGAAAAUGUAUUUACAUUUAUUUAAAUGCUCAAAUGAUUGAAAGACUGAAUAAAGUCCUUUCUGUUCUACGGGGUUAAUAAAAAAAAAAAAGGUUACCAUCAGUUGAUAUUACAGAUUUCUGUAAUGGCAAUUUACCAUCAAUUGGUAAAACAGUAUCCCCUUUUUUGCUGUACUAAUUUUGUAAUUUGUUAACAAGUUCUUUAUUUAGAAAUUAAAUAUUAUAUCAGACUGCUUUUUGAAUAUAUUUAAGAAAGAAUUAUAUUAUAUAUAUAUACUAAAAAUAUUUUAUAACAAAUGUUUUACUGUCUUUAAAUGUGACAAAACGUUUUUGACUUGUGAGAUUAUAAAAUAAAGUUAUGAAUAUAAA